CGCUGAAAGCCAAACACAGUCGCUGUACACAGGAGCUGGCUAUGACUCGGAUGCUCAGCUGUGUGAUUGGUGAGGGGCACUGCCACGAGGCUGGCUCCUCGAAAAGCAUACGCGGUCGAACCUUUUGAGCGUGAGUAGUUUCCCGUCACAAUUACAGCAAUUGAAAUCUCUCAGGCGAUGGAUACAAUCUCCACAACCAACUUCCUCCAACGCGAUGCUUUAUACGAGGUCGAAAAGCCAUACUCUCUCCGCUUCACCCCACCGUCAGCCUUUCCGCCCUCGAACAUAAAGCUCACGAACCACGAUAUCAUCAUCAAAGAUGUCCGCGCACGUUCUGAACCGCUAAGCUUCUUCAAACAUGGCUUGCAGCUCUUGCCGUUCCAAUCCGAACUGCCAUACGCACAAUUCGACGACGAUGACGCGGUGAAGCGCAUCUACUUGCGCGAGGUUGCAAACCUCAUCAAAGGCUUUCUUGGCGCACAGAAAGUACAAAUUUUCGAACAUACUGUUCGUAAGAGACAUGCGGAAUUUCCAAUAAGUACUGGAGAAAGCUAUCGCUGGAAUCAGCCGACGAGUAUUGCGCAUGUAGAUACUACGAUGAGCUGGGCGGUGGAUAUGGCCAAGCAGCUCAACCCCAGUAACAUGGACAUCGGAAAUGAGAGAAUACAUUUCUGGAAACCAUUGCGUGGCCCUGUGAAAGACUGGCCACUUGCUCUUUGCAAUCCGCAUUGCAUUGACACGAAGACUGAUCUGGAACCGUGCGACCUCGUUUACCCGGAUUAUGUGGUUGAGAAUCGACAGCUGUAUUGGAGCGAAGGACUGGAGUGGUGGUGGUGCAGUCGUCAAUGCGCGGAUGAGGCGUGGAUAUUUUUGCAAAGUGACACUGAUGCGAACGCGGGAACGAAACCUGUGCCGCAUACUGCUUUCGAGCUUGAGGAUGAGAAGGGAGAGCCGCGGGAGAGUAUCGAGGUAAGGGCACUUGUGUAUUACGGAGGCUUCGACGAGCCAGUUGAAUAGUCUAUAUGCAUUGCAGCGCUGCGUUUCAAGCCCCCUCGCCAGAGCGUACAU